GACAAGUCAAAAACAAAAUGAAGUGCAUGUUCACAUAUAACUAGUUACCAAGUUAGUGUUUACCAAAAUUCAGUAGAUAUCACAAUAAAAUCCAUUUAUCAGGGAGAAUGUGUCUCUCCUGUAGUGCAACAAUAUUAGAAAAAAAUAUUAGACUUUAGUUUGCAAUGCCCUGUCAGACCUCUAUUAACAGUCAGCAGAAACGACAUAAUUUGGCAACAACACGUUAAAUUUCACAACAUUUUGCAGGAGCUGUUACACAUUAUGUAUCGAGCAAAAAAUAACGACAUUUUUAGAGCUUUAAAUGUAUUUUUCUGACUACAGUAAGGCCUCAUUUCCUUCUUCAGUUUGUACUUCCAUUACUGUCACAAAAAAAAAAAAAAACUUAAAUCACUGGAAGUCACUGUGGCUCCAUGUCAGGACUUGGGCAGAUCUCCAUGGUGCCAGCGUUGAUGGCCCUCCUCUUCCCCCAGUGCAGAUGCUGGUGGAUGAAGUCAAAAGCUGAGGUGGUGUAGCGUGCAAACAUGCUGGUCCACUUCACAGCAUCCACCAUCCACUGGGUAAAGCGCCCCACAAACUCCACAAAAACUGUGGCAUAGUGGGCCAGAAGGAGCAGACUCCUCCCCAGCUGCUUGCCAUGGUUGAUGAUCAGUUUGACUCUUUGCUCAUGUCCUGCCAUUAUUACAAUUAUCUUCAAGAGUUACAACAUCCAAUAUUUUAUAUAUGAAUCAGAUGGUCAUUUUUCGUUUUUUAAAAGCUGGUUUAUUUACCCAGAUCUUCCCUAUAUGGGAGUAGACGCCUUUAAAUUUGCAGACGGUCCCUUGCUGAUCCCGGCUGUCCAAUCAGAGCAGAGAAAGUUUUGUUUCCGGGAGUGUUUGGUGAUGUGGCUCUGAAAUCCAUCCGAGGAAAUAAAGAAAAAUAAAAGCAGACGUGUUUACCUGAGGAAAGCGUACACAGUCCUGUCUUUAUGUUGAGCCGUCUGGCCACAGUCCUCCAGGAGCUUUCUGGAGAAGAGGGUGCAGAUGGAAACCAACAGGGUACGCUGGUGCCAGAGCUCCCUCCCGGCGAGGGCCCAGCUCCGGUGGAUUACGAGGUUCCYGAGGACGCCAUGGAGAGACUGGCUCACUUUGAAGCACUGGUGGUCCAGCUUAAAGAGCUCAUCCGAGACAGAGACGCACAGCUCACGCAGAAGGACGUGGAGCUGACCAACAAAGAUGCACAGCUCAAGAAUGAAAGAGAAGAAGCUGAGGCCCGCUUCACUAAGCUCAAACUCCAAGCUAAAGCCAAGAUGGCUUCACUCAACAAACAGAUAACACAACUGAAAGGACAAGGAGGAGCAACAAGCCCAGACAGCUCGUUUACAGGAGCUGCAGUCGAGGAGGAGCUCCAGGAGCUGAAGAACAAGCUGAGUGAAGAGGAGGCCAACAACAAGAUUCUCAAGGAGCAACUUCAGGCUACAGAGCAGCAGCUUCGAGAGAAGGAGUCCGCCCACACYGAACAGCUGCAGCUGCUGCAAGCUGUGGUGUGUGAGAAGGAUGUUCGUUUCCAGGAACAGAUUCAGAAGCAUGAAGAAGAGCUGCUGAGGAUUACCACUCAGACUCAGAGUGACGGCGAGCUGCAGCAGGCUCUGCAGGCAGCGCAGCGACAAUGUGAAGAACUUCAAGAAGCCUUGAGCUCCCGAUCCCAGGAGCUGGAAAUGUUGCAGCAGGAAGUGAGCAGCGCCGAUCAGCAAAAACAGAUAUUGACUGCUCAGUUCCGGCAGAUGGAGCAGGACCUGAUGGAGGCCGUCAAGCUGAGGGACGAGGAAAGGCGGCAGUGGGCCGAGCAGACCGGCAGGGCSGAUGCAGAACUCGCAGCACUCAGAGCCAGCCUGGAAGCCCUGGAAAAAGACCGAACGGAGGAGGCGACGCGGCAAAGCGAGCUGGCCUCCUUAACAGAGGCAGAGCGCGUCAACCAGGAGAUGAAGGGCGAAGUGGCCAGAUUGGAGGCAGAACUGGCUCGGAUGAAAGAAGCCGAGCUCGCAGCGAUCCAAACGCAUAAAGAUGCUUCUGAGAGAUUCAAGGCAGAGAUGGCUCAGCUUGAAAGUGAGCUUGCGUCGGUGAGAGAAGCAGAGUGCGCAGCUGUCCGGGCCCAGCAGGACACGUUAGAAAGAGAGAAGUCCGAGGUUGAAAAACUAGAGAAAGAGCUGGUUUUGCUCAGGGAGGAGAGGGAGAGCGCGCAGCGUGAAGGCGAGAAUUUAGCCCAAGUUUGGAGACACGUCUGUUCUCUGGAAACCCUGCCAGAGGAAACCUCCAACCCUGCUGACCYGGCUCUGCUCCUGGAAACGAUUCAGUCUGUUGAGACGCACCUUGCAAAGCUGAAAGAUGAAUGUUGUGAAAGACGUGAACAGGGCACCCAGCUCCCCCAGACCAUGGAAACCCUUCAGGAACAACUGGACAGAAAAACAACAGAACAAGAAGAGGCCACAGCCAAGAUCCAGCAGCUGGAGCAGCAGGUUCUAACGGUUUCAGACAGACAGGAUGUUGCUGAACCAUUCCAGGACUCAUCUGAGGCUGAAAAAGCUCACAUACUGAAGUUGGAGCAGCAGCUGUUAGAAAAGGACAACGAGCUGGCUGCCCUACGAGAGUCCCUCAGACCUGCAGCACAAAGCUCAGAGGAAGCAGCUGAAAACGAUGUUCAGAGCUCAAAUCAGGAAGCUGUUCCUGCUCCGCCUCCAGGUUCUGCUGCUCUGUCUGAUUUCAUAGAAGAUGCACAAGAAGAAGAAACCUCCUUAGUUGCUGCAGACACCUCUGCCCUCUCUGUCCUCUCUGUUCCUGCUGAUAACGACAGCAGCCCAGAACUAAUCGGACACCAGUCUGAGUCUCCCGAAGAACUCAAAGCAGCGUCCUCGGAUGAGAUGGUUACCAGCAGCGACUCGGAGGUGGUCCAGAGCAGCUGGACCCUCCUGGAAGCUGUGAAUCAAGACGGGGGUCAGGAGUGGCCCGUCGUCCCGCAGGACUUCGGCCAGUCGUGGGUGACAACGAGCAUGGAGCAGGAAGUCUCCACAGUCCUGUCCGAGUCCUCGUCAGUCGUCAUCAGAGAGACGGUUCAGGUCCACCUGACUGAACCGAGUUCCUCCUCCACGGACGUCAGCAUGUCCUCACACCUGUUUGCUCAGGCCUUAGCUGAGGAGCUGCAGAAGAGAUACAGYGAGCUCCUGGCUGAGCUGCAGAGACUCCAAGAUGCAGCUGCGGAGUCGCAGGAGAAAAUCAAAAGUCUGGAGGAGGAAACACGGUCCCUCGCUGCCGCCAAAGAGGAGGCUCAGGCUCGGGCCGAUAACUUUGCUAAAGAGCUGGAGUCCGCCAGAGAGGAGCUGGAGGACCGUGCCCAGCAGGCGCAGAAACGUAAUGUGGAAAUGCAGCUUCUAGAAGAACAGAUUGAUAUUUUAAACAGUGACAACAAAGCUAUGCAGCGGUCUCUGUUCGAGCAGCAGAGUGAGGCCAGGAUGCUGAGUGCUCAGCUGGAGGACAGAGAGCUGCUCUGCUCUGAGCUGGAGAAAAGGCUACAAGAUACAGAAAGCAGCAUGUUGGAGCACUCCCAGGCUUCAGAGCUCAACAGUGAGUUGCAGCUUCGUCUCAGCCAGAAAGAGCAGGAGGUGACKGAGCUCAGUGACAGUAUGUCUGCCAAACUCCUGCAAGCAGAGGAAGAGAAGUUUCACAUYAAGGUCGAAGUGGGUAAACUGAAGGAGCAGAUUGAAGAACUGGAGAAGGUCAGAGACGAUAAAACACACACUGAAGCAGACGCUCACGUCGACAAUGAGCUCGUUGGUUUAAGAAAAGAAAAGGAAGACCUGGAAGCUCAGCUGACGAACACGAAGAAGAAGCUGCAGGCGGCGCUCRUGCAGCGCAGAGAGCUCAUGAAGAAGGUCAGUGAGUUUGAGAAGAAGGCUCAUGAGGUAAAAGAACAAGAUGAAACAACGAUGAGCGAUAUUCCGGAAAAGGUUCAAGAAAAAACUAAACUUGUUGAUGAAGAGAUGGAGGCCAAACUUCUGGAGCUUAMAGAAGCUUUAAAGUCCAAAGAAGAAACGAUUGAGAGUCUUGAGCAAAGAAUCAACCAUCAGGAUCAAGUUCUGACUGAAACAGCYGCUCUGAAUAAAACACUAAGUGAGGAAGCAGAAAACUCUCGUCAGGCCGAUGCGUCCUCAGAAACGACUGCGUUGCAAUCCCAAGUCGCCGCUCUGGAGGCGGAGUGUGAAGCGCUCCAGAAGAAGGUUCAAGAGGCCCAAGAGUCGCGCAAAGAAACGAUCCGCAAAGCCAAGGAGAAGGACCGACACCAUCGAGAGCAAAUGAAGCAGCAGAAAGAGGAGUACAACGAGCUGAUGGAACGCUUCGAGGCGCAGGGCGGCGAGCGAGAAGCUCUCCUCACAAAACUGAGAGAACUAGAGGAGACAGCUGGGAAAGACCUGCCUGAAACCAAGACUGGAAACACUGCUGCAAAUGACUGGGUCCAAGAGGACUGGGUGGACUUUGUUUCAACAGAAACUGAUUCAUCGCAGCAGCAAUCCAAGGAUCCAGAACCGUCUGUCCUCUCAGCAGAACCGGAGGAAUCUCUGAGAGCUCUUAGGGAGGAAAUUGAGACUCUGCGACUGAGAAACACCGAACUAGAGAAGCAGCUAAUGGAAACACAUUCAAGUCUGUCGCUGAAAGAGUCCCAGUUACUGGAGCUGAACAAAGAGCUACAAGCUCUGAGCGUGAAGGAAAAUCAGAUUUCUACCCUCUCCGAAGAAAUGAACGAUCUCAGAGAGAAGCAUCGCCAAGCUGAGUCCUAUGCAGAAACUCUGAGAGCAGAAAUGGAGGCUGCAGCCAAAACGUACGCCGACUCAUCCAUUACCACUCUUCAGGCUGAGGUGGAAAACUUCAAGCAGUUUCUGGACGAUAAGAACACGGAGAUAACAGAGCUCAGUCAGCAGCUCAGUGAGCAAAACUCGCUCCUGCGCUCGAUGCACGAUGCCGUGUCUCACAAAGAUCAACUUCUAGCGUCUUUACAGGAAGAGCUGAAGGCCGAGCGAGAAAACAGGCAGAAGCUAGAGGCCGAGAAACACGAGGAAGAGAGCGAGGCAAAGAUCCAGCAGCUUCAGCGWAAGCUUCAGGCCGCUUUGGUUUCUCGCAAAGACGCUCUGAAAGAAAACAAAACGCUGAAGGAGCAGCUGGCUUCAGCUGAGAGCACUGUGGCUGAGCUGCAGCAAAAAAUCCACUCAUCAGAAAUCGAGCUGGAGAAUCUGAGAACCGAAAAGGUUCGACUAAUUGAAGAGGUUGACCGGGCGCUGCUGGAGAACCAAAACUUAGGAUCCUCCUGCGAGAGCCUGAAGCUGGCCAUGGAGGGUAUAAUCAGUGAGAAGAACGCCUGUAAGAGAGAAGCAGAGCUGGCAAAGGAGGAGGCCGCAAGGGUGAGCAGAGAGUGGGAGGACAAGGUUCAAGGGAUGAAGGACGAAUACGAGACUCUGCUCACGUCUUACGAGAACGUGAGCGACGAGGCGGAGCGAGUGAGGAAAGUCCUGGAGGCCGCCCGGCAGGAGCGGCAGGAGCUGGCGGCCAAGGUGAGGACUCACGAGGCUGCGAGGCUCGAGGCCGUGAGCCGAGCGGAGGAGGCGCAGAARGAGGUGGAAGCAGUGAAAGACAAAAUGAGGAAGUUUGCCAAAACGAAGCAGCAGAAGAUCCUGGAGCUGGAGGAAGAGAACGAGAGGCUCAGAGAGACGGAGGAGAAGUCUGCCGGUAAACGAGAYGACAAGGAGCUCAGAGCUGAAGUUGGACGGCUUCAGGAGCAGGUGGGAGCUCUGAAAGCAGAACUGGAGGGUUUGAUUACAGAAAAAGACUCUCUGGGGCAACAAAACGAAGAGCUGAAGGAUCAGCUUGAACAAAUGGUGGAAAAGAAUCGAGAAAUGUCUGAAAAUCAACACGGCUCUGCAGCUUUUGCAGAGGAGGCUGUUACUGUGCAGCAAUCACAUGCAGUCAGAACUACAGCAGAGCCUGAGGAMCAGGAAAAACUCUUAACCCCAGAAGAACCUCAAGAGGACCAAAUAAUCGCAGCCUCUGCAACGAGACAUUUACAAUCUGCAGAAGAAAAAGAAGCAGAAAUAAAAGAAAAUGCUCAAAACGUAUCGGAUAUAGAAAUGAGGGAGAUUGAGGCUCUUAAUGUGGAAAAAGAAGUGUGGCAGAAACGAGAAGCUGAACUGAAAGCUGAGCUAACCUGCCUUGAACGUGAUCUUCAGGAGAGCAGAAACAAAGAGAGCCUUCUGGCCUCUUUGGAGAAGUGCCUUCAGGAGAGCAAAGAGAGAGAAAAGGCUCUGAUUGAAGAGGCUGCAAAGAGGGAAGCCCAGUUCAAGGAGCUCCUGCGAACUCUUGAAAGUGAAAAAGACAGCCUGGAGGAGCGCCUGAUGAACCAGCUGGCCCAGCUCAACGGCAGCAUCGCCAGCUACCAGCAAGAGGCCACGGAUCAGCGGGAGCGCCUCGGCGAGUUGCAGCGGGAGGCGGAGCGGCUGGGGAGGGAGCGGGCCGAGCUGGAAGCGGAGGCGCGGAGCGAGCGGGAGCGAGCCGCCGGGCUGGAGGAGGACCUGAGGCAAGCCCGGCGGCAGCGGGCCGAGGCCGAGGCGGAGUCCGGGAAGCAGAGGGAGCUGGAGCAGCAGCUGAGGUCCGCCCAGAGGGUGAGAGAAGGCAGCCAGAGCCGGACACGGCAGCUGGAGGAGCUGCUGAGGGAGAAGCAGCUGGAGGUGCGGCAGCUGCAGAAGGACAGCAUCCAGUACCAGGAGAAGAUCAGCGAGCUGGGCCGGGAGGCUAAAGGCCUGCGGCUGGCUCAGGACGAGCUCCGCAGCAAACUGGAACAGUCGCAACUGCAGAGCUCUGGAACUCUGGAGGAGCUGAGGAGGACGGAAACGGAGGUGGUCGCCUGUAAAUCUCAACUAGCCGAAGCCCAGAAACAGGCGAGCGAGGCCCUCGCUGCCAAAACUGCUGCAGAGCAAAACAUCCAGCAGAGAGAGGCCAAACUGAGAGCUGAGGCGGAGCAGACUCUGGACUCUGUGAGGUUCAGGCUGGGAGCUGAGCUGAAGGAGAUGGAGCUGAGGCUGGAGGAGGCGUACACAGAGAGAGACAAGGAGGAGGAAGCUACUCUCCAAGCCAGAAACGCAGCAGAGUCCGCAGAGAGACGAGCCCAGGAGACGCAGACCCGUCUGGACCAGUCUCUGGCCAGACUGGCUGCCUUCUCUCGCAGCAUGUCCUCUCUGCAGGACGACCGGGACAGAGUUCUGGACGAGGCCCGGCAGUGGGAGUCGCGCUUUAACAGCACUCUGCAGGGGAAAAAGGCUGAAGUUCAGGAGGCGGAGACACGAGCCAGAGAACUUUCUGAUCAGCUUCAGAAAGAGACUGCACUGAAAGAGGAGCUGGAACUUUCAGUCAGCAGAUUACAGAAAGCGGACACAGAUUGGCAGCUGAGAUUAGAGGAAGAGGAAAAGAAAGUGGCAGAGCACCAGGCCGCCUUGCAGCAGGAGAAGCUGAGGCUGGAGCAAACCACAGCCGAGUUGCUGUCGGCUCAGAACCAAGUCCACAACCUGAAGAACGAGGCUGAGARUCUGCAGCAAAGAGUCCGGGCUCUGGAGGAGGCCGUGGGGAAGCUGCAGGGCGAAGUCAACCAGGCCAGGACCGAGCUGAGGGAGAGGGAGGCGGAGGAGAGGCGGCUGUGUCUGAACGUGGAGCAGCUGCAGACGGACCUGCGCUCCUCCAAAGCUCUGACGGAGAGCCUGCAGACGGAGCUGCACGAGAAGGAGCGCAGGGAGGUGGAGCUGCUGGAGGAGAAGGAGCAAGCUGUCGCACAGGCUGCAGAAGAGGCCAGAAAAGAGGCUGACAGCAGGGCGCAGGAAGCUGAGCAGGAGCUGGAGCAGAGGAGAGGAGAAGUGAGGGAUCUGGACGAGAAACGGCGGAAAGCAGAGGAAGAGAGCAACAACAGCAAAGCCAAGCUGGACUCUUUCAUGAAGGCUAUGGGUUCAUUACAGGACGACAGAGACCGAGUCCUCAGCAUGUACAAACAACUGGAGGAGAGACACAUACAGGUGAUGAUGGAGAAGGAUGGUUUGAUCCAAGAAGCAGCAGGAGAGAACAACGGUCUGAAAGAGGAGCUGCGCUCUCUGCUGGUCCAGAGGGACGACCUUUACGCCGAAAAGGCCAAGCUGUCCGCUCAGCUUCACGGCUACCGAGACGAGCUCAACCACGUUUUGAGCAUGAAGGACUCUCAGCACAAACAGCUGCUGGCGGCUCAGAGAGAGCAGGUCGCGUCUUUAGAGAGGGAWCGCCAGGAGCUGGAAGAUCAGCUGAAGAGCCUGAGCAGAGCCAGGGAGGAGGAGGUGCAGAGAGCGGAGAGCGAGACGCUCAGCCAAGCCUCGAGCGUCAGACUGGGAGCGAUGGACGCUCCCGGCGCAGAGGUGGAGAAGCUGAGGGAGCAGCUGCAGAAGGAGCGAGCUCAAAGGGAAGCUCUGGAGGAGUCUCUGAGCAGGGAGCAACACGAGCAGGAGAACCAGAGCAAAGAACUGGCCAUGCUGCGGUGGGAGGGAGGCGUGAUGCGCACYGAGUCGGAGAGCGCCCAGGAGAGGGUGGCGGAGCUGGCCCGAGACCUGCUGACUGUCGAACAGAGGCUGCUGGAGGAGACGGAGACCACCAAGCAGCUGAGAGCAGAGAAGCAGUCGUUUGCCAAAGCCAUGGCCUCGCUGCAGGAUGCCAGGGAUCAGGCGGUCAGCAAGGUCGACGAAUUAAACCUGAAACUGGAGCAGAUGAGCAAGGCAGCGGGCCAGGCUGCACACGGCAGUCCUGGAGGCUCCGCUGGAGAGGUGUGGAGCCUGAAGAAYGCUCUGCAAGCUCUGCAGAACGACCGGGACAGACUGCUGGAGCAAAUCAAAACACAGAACAGUGAGGUGAAGAAGCAGAAGUCGGAGCUGACUCGACUGGGAGCAGGAGAGCUGAUUAAAGUCAGUCAGGAGCUGCUGGAGGAGAAGAGGAAGACUGAAGACCUGCUGGGCGUCCUGUCACAGCUGGAGAACGUGGUCGAAACGGGCAAGCAGGAAAUGGAGACGCUAAGGCUGGAGCGCGUCGACUGGAUGGCUCAAGCAGAGCAGCUGAAGCAGCAGACGCUCGCCACGCUCACAGAGAAGGACCAACAACUGCGGCAGCUCACCGCCAUGCUGGAAGAAGCUCGAGCCCAGAAACCCAAACUCCAACAGGAACGCUUUCAGGGAGAGAGUGGCGAGGAAGUGGACAGUGCUCCCGGAGCCCCGCAGGAGCGAAGCAGCCACGCUUUUAUGGCCGAGGUCAAAGAGCUGCAGCGGAGACUCGAGGAAGAAACUCAGCAGAGGCUGGCUGUCGAGGAGCAGCUGAUGGCGACGGAGGAUCGACUCAAACGUCACGGCCCGGCUUCGUGGCGCUCUGCACAUGAGGACGAUCACUCGGAGACGGCCGUUUUCAUCGAGCCGCCUGAAGGAGCCGUGACCCGGACUCGGAGAGGCGGUCCGGGUUUGUCGCGGAUGCUUCGAGUGGCCUUCUGCUCCCGCCAGAGAACCCCUCUGCUGCUCAGCCUCUACCUGCUCACUGUGCACGUCCUGCUGCUCCUGUGCCUCGGGGGGUACCUGUAAAAACCAGCUGCGUUUAACAAACCUGACCAAGAAGAAGGUGGAGCCAUGGAGAGAAUUUAUAUCGUUGAAAUAAAAGACGUUCUGCGUACAGACGCUGCACUUUACAGUAAUUAAUCUUUCCACCAAAGUUAUGCAUUUACACGAGGAGCUCCUGAUAUUAGUUUCUAAUAUUUGAUCUUCAUGAUGUGGAUUUAACCCGAGAAGACAACUAAAUAACAAGAAGGGAAAAGAUUUCUAACGUUUUGGCAGAUUUUCAUGUGCCUUUAGGUUUGAGCGUCACAUUCAAGUUGAACUUUAUUCUUCCAGAUUUCUAUCAAAGUUCACAUAUAAUCAUCCCAAAUCAACACUAAACAUCAAUUAACACUUUAUGUAUUAAUUUAAAUUCAAAGAGUAAAAAUAGUUCUUCCAAGUUUCUGUGUUGGGCUAAAUUCUCCAGCCUAGGCCUUUUUUUAUAGCUGUUGCUCAGUAAUCAGCAGGGAUGUUUAAUUAAAAACUAAUGAAAUAAAAAAACUUUGGCAGGGUAGAAAGUGUUACUUAAAAUGGAACUGGGUUUUGUUUAUCCGGUGUUGUGAGCAGUGAGAGUAACGGUAUCUCUGGACGUGGGGAAGUUCGUGGUUCAGCCUCCUAAUCUGAUUUUAUGCACAAAAACAGCAGUUUCUGUACUUACACAUUCCAGUGUGGUCAUUUUUUUCCUCCUCCGUUAGAAAUCUUGAUUGAUCUCUUUAUGCAAAUAUAAUAAUAGUGAUGUUUGUACAUAUGUACACAUUCUAAAAAUGUCAGCUGAAUAUUGGUUUGUCUCUGUUCUCCGGUGGUAGUUUCAUUUUUCCUCAUCGUGCAGUUCCAGACUGCUGUUUCUGAUCAUCUCCAUCACGUUAGAGCAGAUGUAGCAUCGUUUAUAGAUCAGAAGAAUCCGUUCAACGUGUCCAUCCUUUGGGCGUAACAUGGUUAUUGUAGAAGAGCUGCGACUCCAGCCAACUCUUCUUUCUCCCUUCAUUCUCACCUUGUAAAUAACUGUAAAGGCCUGUACAUAAGAGUAUAAUGUAAUGGUUUGGACCAGGGAUCAACUGUUUACUUACUUACUUUUGUUUACACCAAGUUCGGGUUCAUUAUCUUUCAUUCCUAAAAUUCAAAAUGCUAUCCUUCAUAUUAGACGUUUGGAAGCCUGUUGAUUUGAUUCUGCUGUUAUGAGAAUGAAUUUGGAGCAACUGAGAGAAUAUUUACAUUUUUAAAAGCAUUUAUUCAAAACUGGUGCAUUAAAAAUCAUCUUGUUGGAAAAGGGACACGUUUGUCUUCAAGUGUUUUAAUAAAAGGAGGAUUUUAAGCUGGA